CUGUCUGUCUGUUUGCGCUGCUCGACCAUCCCUCUCAGCCCUGCACACACACAAACGCGAGAGGAUAAAUGUGUGCGUCUCUUCCCCCUCCCCCGAUCUUUCUUUCUUGCUCUGCCUCACUCACCUCGGCCUCUCUUCGUGGUGCUGGUUCUGCUGGCUGGACGGUGGGCGCCUUGAAGAGGACCGUCAGGAAAGUGAGUCCCUUCCACAGCCCGGCGAAGGCAGCGAAGAACACGGCCUCGCGCCAAGAUGCGUUGAAGACGAUCGACGCAGCGCGAAGAAGGCUAUCGGCUCCUGCAUCACAGACGGACGGACACACCCAGACAGACGUGCAGCACAUCCAUCAGGCCACAUGAUCAUUGUCCAUCCCCUUCAUCCAUCGGAGUGUGUGCGUACGAGUGCGAUGAGAGGGAAGAGGCGCGGCAUGAGUGCGUGGACGGCGUAGCUGGCAGCUGCACACAGACACACAAAGAGAGAGAAACACAUAGACACACACACACGUGAGACAGAUGAGCGCAUCCAGUGAGGGCAUGUCCUUCAGCACAAUGCAUCACAUACAGAGACAUGCAAUUGAUUGUGGGCAUACAUUAAGUCAUAGCGCAACGGCACACAUUGAUGUCAACCUUCCAACUCCCUCCACAGUGUGCAUACUCCUUCUAUCUAUCAUGACUUCAUCUCAAUCAGUGUAUCUAUCGCGUCUACCAAAGCCGGGUGGGUCAGUCACUCAGCAAUGGUCGAACCGAACCCUCUACCCGACCCAGAGAGACCUCUCUGCCUCCCCACAGCCACGCACCCCGCCAGCCCGCCAACUCUCACCCCCCAUCCAUCCCACUCCCACUUGCCGCGUGCACGACGCAUCACCUUCGUCAACCACUUGGCCAUCCGCGGAGGGCCCAGCAUGACGAUCACGCCAUCAUCAUGCACCACACGCAUCAUCUCACCAAGGGCACCAUCCAUAAGCGCUUCCCAUGACGCAGCUGCCGUGGUAGUGUCUGUGGUGGCGAGGGGCGUGAGAGUGGUGCGGUGGUGGAAUGGGAGGUCGGUGACGACCAUGUCCACGUGUGGGGUGGAGGGGGGCAGGGUGGACGACAGGGCGAGGGCAUUGCCGACGUAGCACGACAGAUGGGCUGAGAAAGGGAUACAGCACACAGGCAGGGCACAUCAGCAGGGAACCGCGGGGCUGGCUUCAUGUUCUCUUAUGAUGCAGGCUGGCUGACCAUCUCCCGUGGUUUGUCGGUCUUUGGCGGCCUGAAUGUUGGCUGCGAAGGCAUCAAUGCAGGCAGCAUCACUAUCAACACCGAUCAUGCGACCCUGCACCAACCUCACCAACGAACGGCUAUCGGUUGCCGCGCCAGGAUACAUUCGCAUCUGUACAUUACCUUUCUAUCGACAGUAGCCGCCUCCAGCAGUAUGGUGCCUAUGCCACAGAAGGGGUCCAGCCACACCAGCCCCUCCCCCUGUCGCCCCCUCUUCUGUUCCAGCGCCAGCCGCACCAUGAGAUGAGCGGUGGACGGCCGCAGACGCACUCGUCGGUCGGUGCCAGAGACCAGGAAAGGCCGCUGCUCCAUUGGGAUUGAGGCGUGGGGAUGGCCUUCGCCGUCUUCCAAUGAGAGCAACAUGAAGGUCUCUUGGUAGCUCACCAGGCAGAGGAGCGUGUGGUGACGGAGGGAGGGGUCAGGCCUCACGGAUGGAAUCCAGCCGGUCUUCUGAUGCACCCACGAAGACAUCUGCACACACAAAGGCCGGCAAGCACAACACACAGAAAGGGUGUGGUGGGUGCCUUCACACGUUUCCCUUCCGGUGGACCGUGAACCCGCCUUGCCUGUCUCAUGAUGGUCUCGCUGGUGAGGCCUCCAUGCCACCCAUCUCUCAGACACGACGCACGAACACGCGAAGGGGCCGUCCUGCCCUCCUCUUGCCGCAUCCCGCCCAACACCAUUCGCUUCAGCGUCAACGCACUUGACCAUCUCCCGGACUGGUCAACCAAAUGCCGCAGCUGCGACAGCACCAGGUCCGCAUAGCCUUCAUUUUCGCCAUCGGUAGCCGGUGGCAGCUUGGAGGAACCGACGAAGGCAUAAACAGCAAUGAGGAACGGGCAGUGCCUCAGCAGCUCUUUGUAGAGUCCGGCCGGCCACUCUCCCAGGUCGCUCAUGAGGAUCUUCCCGACAGUUGUGACACCUCCCUUGCCAGAAGGCGCCCCAGGCAACACGCGGAAAGAGGGAAAGGCGUCGUGAGCCGCUGCUGAUGCCUUCAGGAGGCGCACCGCCAGCUGCUCGAAGCCGCGAGUAACGAGCAGACAGAAAGCUGCGUCGACCGAUGUGCUCGUAGUUGCAGUUGCUCCAAGGGAGAGCGUUGACGCAUGAUGCCUGGUCGAGGAAUCACGGACAAGAGGCUGUGCUGAGAUGGAGAAAGAAGGGAAGAAUGGACGAGGGGAUGAAUGGUGGGUCGGCAGCAUCUUGGUUGACAGCCAGCGGCUGAUGACUGGCAUCCUCACCGGCACCAGCAGCCGACCCACCCUCGAAGAUCUCCACCCACAGACAUUGAAUGGCGAGAUGAGAUGAGUGAUGACGCUUCGAAUCGAUAGAUCUCGACACAGAGAUGGGCGUCGUCCGGAUGCUCUGGAGAAUGCUCCGGGGAAAGGUUGGG